AUUUGAUGCCGCUUAUUUUGAGUCAUCGUAAUCUCAUCGCAUAGUGCAGUGGCUGUUCCAUAAGUUAAGUUGCCAGGACAAAACGGUUAAAUAUCAAGAGGAGUUAUAAGUGCGGUCCAAAUAAAAGCUGUUCCUCCAGAAAUGAGUUCCGAUUUAGUAACAUAUUUGAAUGUCGUGCUACCGAUAGUAAAAGAUGCUGGCGAGUACUUUUUAACGUCAAAAGGAGAAAAUAUUGCGGUGACAAAUAAAAGCGAUACAGACUUGGUCACUGAAUAUGACAAGAAUAUCGAAGAACUGCUUCAAACUAGCAUUCAAGAGAGAUAUCCUGAUCAUAAAUUUAUUGGUGAGGAAGGAUCUCAAAAAGUAAGUGAACUGCCCAGCCUCACAGACAGUCCUACAUGGAUAAUAGAUCCAGUAGAUGGCACCACAAACUUUUCAAAAAAACUACCAUUAACAGGCAUAUCGGUGGCUCUUCUAAUAAACAAAGAACAGGUUCUAGGUAUAGUGUACCUACCCUUUUUAAACGAAUUGUACACUGCUAUCAAAGGACAAGGGGCGUAUCUGAACGGAGUGCAAAUUAGGUGUAAUAACGUAACAGAAAUGAAGAAGGCAUUGUUUGCUUACGAAAUAUCUGUUGCUGCCCAAAACGACGAACUGCAAAGCGUGAUAAUGGGAAGGCUCAACCGAUACGUCAAGGAGGUCUUGGCGAUCCGUUGUCUGGGUUGUCCAAUACUGGGUCAAUGUUACGUGGCAUCUGGACGACUGGAUGCCUAUCAAUGCGACGGACUGUAUCCAUGGGAUGUAGCAGCAGGCACGUUAAUUGUCCAAGAAGCGGGUGGGAUUGUUGCAGAUUCAUUUGGUAAGAACCACUUCGACCUAAUGAGGCCGAAUGUGUUGGUCACUGCUACAGAGGAAUUAUCGAAACGGUUCCUGGAUGUGGCACGCAAAGCCGACGAAGAAAGGAAAAAUAUGCACGUGAGGCUAGAAACGGCUAUUUAAUAUUGCACCUCCAUUUUUUUUAAUUAAUGUAAAAAUUUGUAAUAAAAGUUAAUAUUUGGAUAAAA